GUAGUUUUAUUUCCUUGCUUGAAUCACUUGGGCACAUGGUGGUGGUCUGGUCGGCGCCGCUGCGGUGAACAUUUUCAAGAUACGUUUGUAAACACACAUGUCUACGAAUAAUAAGAAAAAUAUUAUACUCCACGAGUGAUUAUAAUUUACGAAUUAUGACUGAAGUGAAUCAGGGAUUUAUCGUGGUUCAUGUUGGUGCAGGUCAGCAUGCGGAUUCCUUAAAGCCUAUGUAUAGGAAGUUGUGUAGAGAAGCAUGUAAAGAGGGAUUGGGGCAUUUGGAAAAAAUUGGUGGAACUUCGGUAGAUGCUGUUGUUGAGGCAACAGCUGUUUUGGAAAAUUCUCCACUCACCAAUGCAGGAUUUGGUUCCAAUUUAACGCUAAACGGUGACGUCGAAUGUGAUGCAAGUGUUAUGGAUGGUUCAAAUUGUCUCUUUGGAGCAUUGGGUGCUGUCAGCGGCAUCAAGAAUCCAAUUGUGUUAGCAAAAUAUUUGUGCCAACAGCAGCUUCGGAAAAGGACACACGGUAGAAUCCCACCUAGUUUCUUGGUUGGUUCGGGCGCGCACGUGUGGGCCAAUGAAAUGGGAAUUCAGACUGUGCCAGUGGAUGAGCUAAUAUCAGACAAAGCCCGAAAAGUAUAUGCACACUAUAAACGAAAGCUGGACGUACAGCAUAAAGGAAUUCAUGAGCUGGUGAAAAAAAGAAUGGAUACAGUUGGUGCUGUCUGUGUUGACCGUUAUGGAAACGUCGCUGCGGCCUGUUCAAGCGGAGGAAUUAUUUUGAAGUAUCCAGGAAGAGUUGGACAGGCUGGUGUUUGGGGAUGUGGUGCUUGGGCCCGGAAUGGUAAUUGUUCUGUUGCUUCAAGUACUUCUGGAUGCGGAGAACAUCUCAUCCGAACGACGUUAGCGAGAACACUCGCUGAAGCUGUUGUGAAUAGUAGUUGCCCAACGACAACCAUCCAUCAAACCAUGAAAAAGAAAUUCAUCGAAUCAGAUUUUUUGGGUGGAGUCAAACAAAAACUUGGUGGAGCAAUUAUCGUACGCUACUCUCCCCACGAGCGGUUCGGUGACGUAUUAUGGACCCAUACUACAAAUUCAAUGAUAGUCGGUUACAUGAAUACGAAAAACAAAGUAGCCAAGAGUCAAACAUCGACGCUCGGGGCACUGGAAGUCGGCAGGAUAGCUACAGUUGGAGGGGUCGGUUUCAAAUUGUAAACAUUCAUUGGCAAACGUCAAACAAAGAUCCUAAAAUUUUAAACAUACUUUUGUUUCUUUAGCAUCUAAGUUUGUUAGUGAAGAAUACGAAAUAAGGUCGCGCUCGAAAAUAAUGUGGAUAAGAAUUUGUUUACGUCGACAGGAAAUCGAGAGUUGAAUUUCCUCUAACUUUCCACUCCUGCUGAUAAUAAAUAAGUACAGACAAUCGUUUCAUACUGUUUGCUGAGGGCAAAUUAAUUAUGCAGGAAAUAAAAAAAAAUUAGCGCCCCACUAUUACAACUGAGAAAUCACAAAACAUCGACAAGCAAUUUGACAACUUUAUUAUUGCACAAAGUUGCAUGUGUUAAAAAGAUCUCAAAAAUGACUGCAUUUUCUACGAAGUUCUGAAUGCUGAGAAUUUUUAUUAAAUAAAAUGAUUGCGUGAAUAUUA